AAUAACGAGGCAGAUCAGAUAAGUGAUACCUCAGAUCCGUUGUUUUCCCAGAAACCCUAUUUCUGUCUCCCCCCGACAAAUCAAUCUUUCGAAUCUUCAUUUUCUCCAUGGCUAAGAAGAGAAAGCAACGAUCUUCUGCGGUCGAACCCACUAAAACAACAGCAGAUCCUCAACCAAUCGAAGAAGAAGAAGAGAAACAGCAACAUCAAGAAUACAUACCCGAAGAUCCGAAACCUAAAGUAGAAGAGGAACAACCCCAGGAAGUUGAGGAGGAAGUUGAAGAAGAAGUAGAAGAGGAGGUUGAAGAAGAAGAGGAAGUGGAGCUGGAUGAGGACGAGGAGGAAGACGAGAACGAGGAGGACGACGAAGAAGAAGAAGAGGAAAACCAAACCCUAGAUGGAAACGGAGUAUCGAAAGGAACGAGUCAAGAAGAGGAAUUGGACGACGAGCCGUUCGAGACACUUCUACAACCGUUUGGGAAAGAUCAAUUGAUUACGCUUAUUAGGAAAGCUGUCGAAAAGCACCCAGAGUUCAUAUCUUCGGUUCGUGAGCUUGCCGAUGUGGACCCGUCUCAACGGAAGAUCUUCGUUCACGGUCUCAGUUGGGAUACCACUGCUGAAACCCUCACCGCCGAGUUUUCUAGGUAUGGGGAAAUCGAAGAAUGCAAAGCGGUUACCGAUAGGGUUUCUGGGAAAUCCAAGGGUUAUGCUUUUAUUCUCUUUAAAAAUCGGAGUGGAGCUCGUCGGGCUUUGAAACAGCCUCAGAAGAAGAUUGGGAAUAGAACUACUUCUUGUCAGUUGGCUUCGCAAGGGCCGGUUCCAGCACCUCCCCCAACUGCGCCGCCUGUGUCUGAGUAUACUCAGAGAAAGAUUUUUGUUAGUAACGUUUCUACUGAAAUGGACCCCGAGAAGUUGCUUGAGUUUUUUAAACAGUUUGGGGAAAUUGAGGAAGGUCCGUUGGGGCUUGAUAAGCAUACAGGGAAACCGAAAGGGUUUGCUCUUUUUGUAUACAGGUCGGUUGAGAGUGCAAGGAAGGCCUUAGAAGAGCCACACAAGAAUUUUGAAGGCCAUGUUUUGCAUUGCCAGAAGGCCAUUGAUGGGCCAAAACCGACUAAAGGUGGUUAUGCAGGAGGUGCUUCUUCUGGGCAUCAUCAGCCGUACCAGCAGCACCAGCAAGGGCAACAUCAGAAUCAGUCUCGUUACCAUCAUGCUAAGAAGGGGAAGUACUCUUCUAGUGGAUCAGAGACCGGUCAUUUGAUGGCUCCGUCUGGGCCUGCUGCAGUGGGAGUGGGGUUCAACCCUGGAGUUGCUGCUGCUGGGUUGAACCCUGGGGUGGCUCUUACUGCUCCAGCUUUAAACCCAGUGCUUGGACAGGCUUUGACUGCGUUGCUUGCUUCUCAAAGUUCUGGUUUUGGGCUCGGUAAUCUGCUAGGAGGGCUUGGUGGUGCCCCUGUGAACCAGGGAGCACCUGCUGCAGGUUAUGGGGGUCAGGUUACAGGAGGCUACGGGAACCAGAUGGGAGUACAGGGUGGGUAUCAGAACCCACCGACGGGGCAGGGCGGUGCUGGUAGGAACCAGCCCGGUGGUGGUGCUCCUUACAUGGGAUAGUGGGUAAGCCCUAAGAUUCUCUCAUAGAUGCAUCAAUCAUUUUGUUUUCGACUGGUGAUUCUGAAGUUCAGGAACUCAUGCAAACGUGGUCUUUAAAUUUGUAACCAAAAAUGCCUACUAUAAAGAUCAAUGAUCUCAAACCUGUAUUUUCGUUUCUAUUUUAGUAGUUUCCCCUUCGCUUAUUUUAAAAAAGAUGUACUAUUUCGGCUUGAAGAUUUGUUUCUUGAAAAUUGUUGGGGAACAGGUAGAGUUUCCUGGCAGUGGACAGAGUGCCUUUUAAGGUUUUCAACAGUGAUGCUCAAACAAUUAACAUUUUCGUAUUUUUUUCUUAAA